AUUCCCAUUAUCCGCAUUGAAAUAGAAUUAUGUUUUUUGAUCUAUUUUAAUUUCAAUAAGUAUAAUCUGAUUUUUAACCAUAGGGUCAAAAAACAAUUUUAGUUUCAUACAAUUUUAUUAAUACAGGAAAUACGAGUAAGCGACUAACAAAAUAUAUAUACGAUUGUGAAUAUUGUUAUUCUCUUAUUCUAUAACUUUACUAGUGUAAUUUACCAGUUAAAAAUCGUAUAAUUCAUACAGGUUUUUAGAAAAUGAUGAGCUUUGACCCAGAAAAUUAUAUAGAUGAAGAAAAAAAACUUGAUCGCUAUAUUCAGUUUACCUUGACAGGUAAUCAAGGUUAUAAAAUGUUGACCAUUGGUUUUCUUGAAGAUGAUGAUGAUGAAUGGUGGUUCACAUUAAGACUUACUCGAUAUAGAUCAAGAAAGGAUCAAGUUGAUUUUAUGGAUUUCAGUAUUGAGGCAUAUUAUAAAAUAUUAAAUACGAAGGAAAAAAUUUUUUACUGCUUACAGAAUGAAAUAAUAAAAACUAUUUGUCAAAAAGAUGACCUACAAAUAAUGAUUGUUAAGGAUGAAACUCAAGAUAAAUGUUUAGUUUGUUUUCACGAUGUAUCUACCUCUUUAAGACUGCAUAUGACGGAACGUACUUUGAAUUCCUUUAUUAAUUUAAGAAGUGAAGUAGAUCAAAAAUAUGUUGAAUUUCAAGAAGACUUUGAUGAUUUAUCUGACAAUGACUCUGAAUAUAACUCUGAAUAUAACUCUGAAAAUUCACCUGAUUAUUACUAUUAAUUUUUAACAAUA